CAUUCCGCAAACGUCGUCAGUUCGCGUCUGUCCUUUGAAGAAGUAACAACACAAGUAAGCGAUACACUCUCGGUUAAGGUGAUUCGGCUCGUGAUUCUACAAACAGAUAAAAUAAUAUACUCUGACUGCAGACGAGACUAUAAGCACGAUGUUUCUAAAAUUGUCAUUGAAUAUUUUAUUAUAUAUCUUCGUAAUGACAAUGGUUUCUUGUUUGAAUGAUCACAAGUUGAUUGGUAUAGCAUCUCUUCAUUAUAAAUUGAAGAUAUCACUGAUGCCUGGUUACGUGUCUCAUGGAGAAUCUAAUAUUACUGUUUAUAUUCGUGGUCCAACACAAAACAUGACUUUACUUACAUCAAAACGUAUAAAUGUAACAACAGUACAUUUAAUAGCGGACGACAAUAAAAAAGUGUAUAAACCAAAGCUUUCAUAUAACCACAAUAAGAAUAACGUCGUUCUUAAUUUUAUCGAAUUAGUGUAUCCUAACAUUAGCUUGGAAUUCGGAUAUUAUACUCUAUCUGUUAAGUUUUUAAACUUUGACACGGAAGAACUUUCGCAAACAUGGUACACAAACGAGAAAGAAAAUAAAAAGUUUAUCGCAACGUUGUUCCAGUUUGCAAAAAAACGACCAUUAUUUCCAUGUUUUAACACAUUUGAAUUUGUCACCUUUAACAUCUCAGUAGAACAUGACAGACGAUACACAGUUUUAUCGAAUAUGCCGAUAAAAAAUCAAUUUAUAUCUAAUGACGUGAUGCUAACGCAUUUUCACUCGUAUCCUGCGACACAUAUUUACGAUGUAGCAUUAAUUCUGAUGUCGCCUAAUAUGACACCUUCAAAUCCCAUCGAAUAUGAUACUUAUCUCGCUUCUUCUUCGAAAAUAAAGAUCAAUACGUGGAGCAGAUCGCAUUUGGUACCACACAUGAAAUUUGCGCAACAUGUUCUCGGAAAUGUGACCAUGUAUUUAGAUGACAAUUGGAAUAUUAUGAGGAAAGGCCCUAAAGUGGAUUAUGUCGUUAUUCCAAAUUUCGAGGGCAAUAUCAAGCAGCCUUGGGGAUUGCUACUUUACAAUGAAACAUAUCUUCUCUACAGUGAAGAAUUAUAUUCUGCUGCGUAUAAAGGUACAAUAAUGCGCUCAAUAGUUCAUGAUAUAAUAUACCAAUGGUUUGAGGAUUUCUUCUAUCCGCCUUGGUAUAAUUACAGAGGGUUACACGAGGGCUUCAUUAAGUUCGUCGAAGCAUAUAUCAUUGAUAAGGUUUUUCCAAACUCUCGAAUGAUGGACUUGUUUAUAAUUCAAGAUCUGUAUGAAUAUCAUUAUAUGGAUAUACUCACUUCUUCUUAUAAUUAUUCAGAAGAUGUUAUGACAUAUAAUGAUAUAUUUAAAAUUAAUUUACUUUCUAUUCGUCAACAUAUUAAAGGACCCAUUAUAUGGCGCAUGUUAGCAAGUGUAAUACCACAUGAUGUGUUUUGGGAGAGUAUUUACAUAUUUUUAAACACAUACAGUUUGAAGUCCUUCAAUUCGAGACUUCCCGAUGAUCUGUGGAAUAUUAUGCAGAUUCUCAUAGAUAGAUCAGAAUUUAAGAAUCACAACAUAAACGUAAAACAAAUGAUGAAUGUUUGGACUGAACAGCAGUAUUGUUUUGUGCUAAAUGCGACACGAAAUUAUAAUGGACUUAUUGUUAGUGCGAUAAUAUCGACGAACAAAACACAAUCUUUCGAUCACACAAUCUAUUUUAUACCCAUCACCUAUACUACGGAAAGAAACAUCAAUUUUGACAUAAAACCGCUAUCUAUUAAUGAUUAUUUAACGGAUUUAGAUUCCCAGAUUCUGUUACCCAUUGGAUAUAGAGGUUAUUGGUUUAUUGUCAAUAAACAACAAACUGGAUACUAUCGCGUCAACUAUGACCCGGAGAAUUGGCAAACAAUUGCACGUUAUUUAAAGUUGGAAAACUAUGCUAAUAUACAUGUUCUCAACCGAGCACAAAUUAUCGAUGACGCAUUUUAUUUUAUGCUGGAGAAAAAACUGAAUUCUUCUAUAUUCUGGGAUCUUGCGAGCUAUUUACCAAGAAGAGAGAAAGAUUACAUAGCAUGGUACCCUAUGAUCAAAGCUUUUGAAUACUUGUCAUACUCUUUUGCACUUAGGAAGGCACAGGGCUACGGAUUGCCUGAAGUACUACAGAAAUGUUACGAGGCUUUAUAUCAAAUGAGACCUGCCGAAGACGAUUUUAAUAAAUAUUUAAAACUGGACCUCACAAAAUGGGGAUGUGUUUUCAAUAAUUAUUUGUGCAUACAAAUGGCCAGAGAUAAAUUGGAAUUGUAUGUAUUAAAUCGUACAUUAAAUAAAAUUUCGACUGGAUGGGAGGAAUGGACAUAUUGUAAUGGUUUAAAGACAGCGAACGAAAGUAUGUGGUAUACCGUAUAUUUGAUGGCAUCUAGUACGUUCCAAGAAAAGUCUGAUUAUAAAAUAUUCAAAUGCCUUGGUUGUUCUGAGAAUCCUAAUAUUGUCGUAAAAUAUCUGUGGUUUGUAUUACCGGACAUUAAAUAUGAAAUGUUGGAAAAGAAUGAUUACAAGAUGCUUACACAGAAAAAUAUGAAAAAUAAGAAGAAAAUUAAUUCUUUAAUUAAUAAUAUGUUUCUUUCUACUCUUGCGAGACAUACUAAAAACUCUCAAGUACUUCCAGCAAUACUAACGUCUUAUAAAAAAUAUUACAAAAAGAGUCCAGUCCAUAUGAUAAAGGCAUUAAACGUGCUUAUAAAUAAUGUGUAUACUCAUAAAGAUUUAUUUGAGAAGGUACUUCAAUUUCUAAUAGAUAAUAUAAAAUACUCUCCUCGUUAUGAUCAAUAUUACCAAAAAUUACUUGCCAAGAUAAAUACACGUUCUAGACAAUUGCGACACCAGGUGCAAUUUUCUAACAAUUUACUCGAGUAAGAAUUUAAAUGAGAAACUCAAUUCGUCUAAUUGAAUUGGUGUAAGUGUAAUUACAACAUGUAUAUUAUAACUGCAAUACUAUAGUA